AUGUUCAUUUCCUCACUCCCAACUUCUCCCAAUCUCUUCCAACCUCUUCCAACGUCUCCCUACUCCCCCAACCUCUCCUCAGCCACUUCCAAUGUCUCCCUAACCUCUCUCCAACCUCUACCCAAGCUCUCCGCAGCCUCUCCCCGCCACCAACUAGCAGUCAUGGCCGUACACACUCAGGGGGAGAUGGAUGGAAUCUUGAUUGUAACGAUUGCAUUUUCCUUCCAGAUGAGAAGAGGUCAAGCUGAAAAUGUGGGCAGCUUACAAGACACAUCGCUAUCCGUCGAGACGCCCUCUGGUGACGGGCGCGGAGAGACGGGUGGGGCGAGUGGAGAUCAGGUGAACAGACUGGAGAAGGUUGACCAGGGCGAGGACAGCACUGGCGAGCUUGCGGCGGCUUUAUUGCCCAAACCAGAAGCCCUGCAGGGAUCCCUCGGCGCCCUUCCAGCCGGCCAGGCUACUCCCCGCGGCGCCCAUCAAACGCUCCAUGGACAGAACUUUGGCAGGACCACGCCCUCCUGCGCUCUCUGUUCGAGGGAGCGGAAUCUGUGCAGGAUUAUUUCAGGCAUUUUCACCCGCUCCCCGCUGCCCUACGGCUACUCCCUGGUGACUCCAGUGCCUGCAGGCGUGUGUAACCUCACCAUCACCGAGAUGAAGCCCUCCAAGAACUACUUCGCACUGCGACGCUCGGACGGGACCUACAUCCUGAACGGAAACUGGGACAUCAAGACGGCCGGCGAGUACGAGGCAGGCGGCACCACCUUCAUCUACACGCCGGGCAGCGAGGAGCAUGGCGAGCGGCUCUCAGCACCAGGCCCACUAAGAGAACCUGUUGAUUUUAUGUUGAUCUCACAAAGCCCCAACCCGGGAAUCGAGUACGAGUACCGCGUGCCGCUACCCGAGUACGGCGGGAACCCGUCAGCAGUGGGCCUCCCAGGUGCAGCAAGACCUGGGCUGGGGACCAGACCGGUGCCAGGAAUACCAGCAGUGCCAGGACUGCCAGGACUGCCAGCCAGCAGCGUGGUAUCCACUCAAGGACAGCGUCGACCCUUCCCGAGCAACCCCAACCUGUCUUCCAGAACUCCCGGCUACGGUACUAGGAAUCCCGGCCAGGGGUCAGUGUUUCCUUUCGGUAGUGGCAGUGGUGGGCGGCCCACAGACACCUUCAUGCCCCUGACGCCCGUGCUGCAGCCUGUGUUGGGGCCUUCCUCCGGAUUCAACUCCAGCAGCGUGUCGAUAUAUCCCGCAAACCCACACAGCAGCUUGGCCACGAGUCCUGCUGGCACACCGAGAAGGUGGCCGCCUUACCUUGGCAUGCCCCAGGGCUCGGCAGUGGACGCAGCCUCCAGGACUCCAAGCAGAGUCCCUGGCGUGAUUCCCCGCGGCCAGCCCAUCACGCCGCUCACCCCCUCACGCACAGGGUCCCUCCCUCGCCCUUGGAGGCCCGGCUUAAGCUCCCCGGAGAGGGGACGUGCCUCACCGGUCCCAGGGAGUCCGUUUCUGCAGGGUCAACCCUUCCCGAGGGGCACUGCAGGCAACACGGUGUCGUCCAUAGGUGUAGGGAAAGGACUGCCGGGCCUUGAGAGGGAAGUGAUUGUCAGCUCCGAGAGCAGCGGCAGGGACGGAAGACUCCUGACAGCCUCGAGGGACGGCGGGAGACAAACGCUGUAUAAGGCCACCAACCACCACAGAGUGCAGCCAGGCAAGGCCACCACCGCAGCGCCUGUGUCCACUCACAGGACCCGCCAUCGACACGGCCUUCAAGGGACUCAAAGCAGAACUAAAGUGCCAGGGAAGGCUUCGCAGUUCCCCACCUUCGAUCCUGACGUGCAGCUGACCCAACCCAAGGCCGCCGUGCAGCCCACCACCAACGCCACGGACUCCACCGGGACCUCGAGUAUCAGGGGUGAGGAAGAAGGCCGCCACCGCCACCGCCAUAAACAGAACGGAGAGAGGAGGCCCGGCAAGAACAGGCGCAAGGACAGGACGCGUCUACGAGUGCGAGGAGGCAGAUUCCAAUGGGCUGAAAAGGGGCUUACUACUUGCUCCAGACCCUGUGGUGGAGGCAACCAGACAGUGAUCUUGUCAUGCGAGAGGAAGAGGAACAAGAAGGUGGUGGCGGACCGUCGCUGCUCCCAUCUGCCACGUCCUGAUGCUCGCUUCGUUCUGUGCAACCUGAACCCUUGUCCUGCAGAGUGGGUGCCGGGCGAGUGGGGGCCGUGCAGCGUGACGUGUGGCAUGGGGGUGCAGAUUCGACCCACCGUGUGCCAGCGUGUGGUGUCGCCGACCCUCACACUCACGGUUCCAGACGGUUCCUGCCGCUCCCCGCCCACCGUCGCCACCUCGCAGGUGUGUGAGAUGGGACCCUGCAGGAGCACCAACCCGACGUGGGAGGCGGGGCCGUGGACCAACUGCUCUGCGCCGUGUGGCCUGGGUACCCGCUCCAGGAAGGUGGCGUGCAUCGUGGAAGGCCUGGCUGUGGCUGACGACCGCUGCAGCCUCGGCGCUCGGCCCGUGAGGGAGGAGGUUUGUGACAUGGGCUCCUGCGCCACCAACACCUGGUUUUUCUCUUCUUGGUCUGAACAGUGCUCGGAGCCGUGUGGGGCAGGCGUGCAGACGAGGAGAGUGCAUUGCCUGGCAGGCGACACACAGACCUCCUGCCCCGCGUCAGAACGACCCGACGCCACCAGACCGUGUACAGGAUUGAUUGGCUGCGGAGGCCAGUGGUUUGUUGGCUCGUGGGGUGAGUGCAGUGAGCUGUGCGGUGCUGGGCGGGAAACGCGGCCCGUGCUGUGCGUCAUCCACGUGCAGACGCGGUGGAAGGUGGUGGGCGACUCGCAGUGCCACGGGAGCGAGAGGCCUCAGGACGACAGGGAGUGCAACGUUCAGCCAUGUUUGCCUGUCUGGUACACCUCCAGCUGGUCGCAGUGCUCUACGUCGUGUGGCGGCGGAAUACAGCGGCGCGAGGUGACCUGUCUGGACGUGCACCGCCACGCCUCUCCGGACUGUGACAACGCCACCAAGCCCGACGCCCGCCGCCCCUGCCACCUCCACGCCUGCUCCGACGAUGCCCCGCGCCCCGCCCACGCCCCCGUUGAAGGUGAAGGCGCUCUAGGCAAUUCAGAGUCCGCUGAGUACGAGGGAGGCACCGAAGGAGGGCAUGAAACAUCUCCGGGAGCCUCAGGACACUUCAGACACACGGGGGAAGCUGGCAGGGAGACAACAGAGAUGACUGAGGCCGAGAGGGAGGAGGCGGAAAAGGAAGAGAAGGAGGAGGAAAAUAUAGAUCCUUUAAGGGCAGUAACGGUAGAGGAGGAGGAGGAGGAGGAAGAAGAAGAAGAGGAAGGAGAAGAGGAGGAGGUACAAGGCAGGGAGGAAGAAAACGAGUUGGAUGAGACGACUGAAGACAACCUUGGUAAUCUUCCUGAAGGAGAUGCACAAGGUGACGAGUCCUUUGCUGACGAGGGGGAAGAAGAGGAGGCGGAGGAGGAACUGGUGCAGCGAGAGGAGGAGGAGCAGGAGCGCGAAGAAGAGAAGCAGAAGAGAAAGAAGAGGAAGCGGAAGAAAGAAGGAAAGAAGGACAGGAGAGUGGAGAGUGAAGGAGCAUUGUCUGCCAGUAAUAGUAACAGGAGAAUAACUGCCGUCUCUCAGAAGCCUUUGUGCAUUGACCGCAUCAAGAACUGCCACCUGGUAUUCCGUGCUCGCCUCUGCCGCCUCAAGUACUACAACAAACUGUGCUGCAGGACCUGUACCACCACUUGAGCUGAUGCUGUUGCUACUGCCACUACUACUUCCACUACUAUUACUACUGUCGCCUGAUUCACCACCUCCUGCACCCUAGUGAUAUACACGCCACUACCACCACAACUGUUGCUGCUACAGCAACAACAACUACUGU